GCAGUUUUCCCAACAGCCACAAGGGAAACAGCCGGGGCGGACGAAGGCUGAAGCCGAGAAGGACUGGCAAGCGCUACCCGAGUCCCCGAAGGGUAAACUCGCGCAUGUGCACUGGCCUUCAGCCUGCAGAGUAACGGCUUCUUCAUUUUCGCUCAGCGCUUUGCCGAUUACGUGACGCAUGCUGUUGGCCCGGCUCUGGUAUCACUCUAUUCUGUAAACUGGAGAAGCGAGGCCCAGAAGGUGGAAGCAAUUAUUAUGAUAUAUCAAAAGACUGAAACAAGUAAUUAAUCAAACCUCAGGUCAGGGAGCCAAGCGCAAACCCGCCGGGAGCCAGUACGUGUGCGCAGCUCCGCCCCUCUUUUGGCGAAGCUACGAGGUCUGAUCCUUCCCGCGACCUGUCGCGCGGCGGAGCAAGCGCGGAAGGCCGUGAGGGCGGUGAGUCGCAAUGGAACCCGACGGGACCUACGAGCCGGGCUUCGUGGGUAUUCGAUUCUGCCAGGAAUGUAACAACAUGCUUUACCCCAAGGAGGACAAGGAGAACCGCAUUCUACUCUACGCGUGCCGGAAUUGUGAUUACCAGCAGGAAGCCGACAACAGCUGCAUCUACGUGAACAAAAUCACGCACGAAGUGGACGAAUUGACUCAAAUCAUCGCUGACGUGUCCCAGGACCCCACGUUGCCGCGGACCGAAGACCACCCGUGCCAAAAGUGCGGCCACAAGGAGGCGGUGUUCUUCCAGUCACACAGUGCCCGGGCCGAGGACGCCAUGCGCUUGUACUACGUGUGCACGGCCCCACACUGUGGCCACCGCUGGACCGAGUGAACCAUCCUCCCCCUGUGUAAUAAAAACAGUGUUCUGUGUG